UGUAAUAAAAUUCCAACCAGUAUUUUUCCUUCAUGUCAGUGUUUGUCCAGUUUUAUUGUUAAUUUAUUACAUUCCAUCAAUCGGAGACGUCUUAUUUGAUUUGAAAGAGCUAAAAAUCACAGAUUCCAAUUUCCUCGUUUAAUUUCCUUUUGUAUUGGGAAAUUAACAUUCUCUGGAUAAUUUAGCUAGUAAAAACUGACGUGGACAAAUGGUUCUAGUUUAUCCCUGGGAACUGCCCAUUCUAUAACGGAAUAGAUAUAUAUAUUAAAUUACAUUUGAGAUUGUAGCUUGGUUUUAAAAUCGGAAAACAACAGGACACUAGACAGCAGGGAUCUAUACACGUUAGAAGUAAGUUUGAGCAAAGAAAAUGCAACUUUGGGUCCAGACGAUUGUCACUGUAUGCCUUAUUGCCUCGAUUAUUGUAUCAACAUGUCUGGGAAACUCGGUACCAUCUACGAUAGGAGAUGACGAGAGACAGGAAAUCGCUGCAUUAGCGGCAAGAAUUCUAAAGAUAAUAAUGAACGAUUCCCGAACGUUUUACACAAAUGGUAAACGAAAUGCUGGAACUAUAGAUUCUCUCUACAAUCUACCGGACCUUUUAGGAGUUGGCAGAAGGUGAUACAACACACGGACAGGGAACAUUUCUAACUAUGACUGAUCUAUAUUCAUUUUCCUUUUCUGCGUCUUUAUGAACUUGCAGAGACAUUUCAAAGUCAUUGUUUUGUUCCGAUUUGAUAUGAAAUAAA